AUGAAGUUCACUACUGUCUCUCUCAUCGCCUCUUUGGCCUCUCUUUCAGCAGCUUCACUGUCUGCAGUCCCCAUCAUCGAAGCCAUCGCCCCCAAAUCAAAAGUCUGUCCCACCGGCAACAAAGAAUGCCGCACAGCUACACAAGCAGCCCCCUACAUCAUCUCCAGCUUCCAGAGCCAGGGAAUCUACUCCCCCGCUGAAAUCGCCGCUGUUCUGGCUCUCAUGGCCUUUGAGUCUGGAGACUUCGAGUACAAGCGGAACCACUACCCUGGACGUCCAGGUCAAGGCACUGCGAAUAUGCAGAUGCCCAACUACAACCUGCUCUACGCCAAGAGUAUUCCCGAGCUGGCCAAGGGAUGGCAGGGCAUUGAGAGUGUGGAGGGACUCUCGGAUCAGGAGCUGGGGGAUUUGUUGGAUGAUGUCACGGUUGAUAAGUACAACUUUGGAAGUGGUCCUUGGUUCUUGAGGACUCAGUGCAAGGAUGAUGUUCGACAGGCAUUCAAGACGGAUGUUGAUACGGGCUUCCAGAAGUACAUUGAGGAGUGUGUUGGAACGGAUCUCCAGCCGCGGUUGGAGUACUUUCAGCGUGCCAAGACGGCGUUUGGUUUGUAG